UGUAAACCGCAGCUGGACACUUGGCUGUUGGCUCCUCAGCCCCCCUCUCUUUCUUGCAAUUCCUCGAAGAAAUCUCAAGAUCAGCAAAUAUUUCAAUGGCUUCCUCUAAAGAAACCGAUAAUAAUCCAGACACUCCAUCCUCGUAAGCCAAAGAAGAUAUAUAAAGACCCAGAUGAUGGGAGGCAACGAUUUUUGUUGGAAUUGGAGUUUGUUCAAUGUCUUGCUAACCCCACUUACAUCCAUUAUUUGGCUCAGAAUCGUUAUUUUGAAGAUGAAGCAUUUAUUGGCUAUUUAAAGUACCUACAGUACUGGCAACGUCCAGAGUACGUGAAAUUUAUAAUGUAUCCUCAUUGCUUAUAUUUUCUUGAACUUCUCCAAAAUGCAAACUUCCGCAAUGCAAUGGCACAUCCUGGCAACAAGGAGUUGGCACAUAGACAGCAAUUCUUUUUCUGGAAGAACUAUAGAAACAACCGGUUGAAGCAUAUUUUACCCAGACCUCUCCCUGAACCUGUCACUGCACCCCCUGCUCCAGCUCAACCUCCUGUUCAACCUGCACCACCUGUGUCUGCUGCAACUCUUGGCAUGCCGGCUGCUCCUGUUGCAGUCCCCUCUCCCAUGCCUUAUGGCAUGCCUCCUGGUUCUGCUUUUGGAAAAAGCGAUAUCAGGAGCAGUGGAAGUGAUAGAAGAAAGAGGAAGAAAGAAGUUUAACUUGAACCACUCUACUAUCUAUGUUAAAAGUAGCGGGACCAGAAUGUCUGGUAAGGUAGCUAUACAAACUCGUCGACUGGGUCCAUAGUGCUGAAAAGGUGUCAAAGAUAGAUUUGAUGGCCUUUUUCUUUUCCAUUUUGCAUCUUCUUGUUCACUGACCAGGUAUUUCAUGAAUUAUUGCUGUACCAUACUGGUAAAAAGAAUGAUAGAGCAAUCAUCAUUUUAUCGUUUGAGGACCUGCUGAAAUACUUGUUGAUUUUAUGAAGGUGGUGAAGCCUAAUUGAACUACUCAGCUUCAGGAUUCUUAGAUGGUUCAGGAUAAAAAGAAAAAUAGCUUCGUUUCUGUUUCUGGUUCCACCCCACAGUGAGCCUCAGAGUUAGUCCCUGUAUCGAAAUCUGACAACUAUGUCUGAAGCAUCUCAGUCCCUACUGUCAAUCAGGGAGGAAAAUCAUCGAAAGAAAUUUAGCUUGUAAUAUCAUUCAUCAAGUGAAAAGGGUCGUAGUAGGCGUGUGUUAGAUGAUUUAGCUGGUGACUUGGAAAGAUUUAUAUUUUAUUUGCACAGAUCAAGUUUUGCCAGCACUAAAAAUGGCAAAAAUUCCAAGAGGAGGGCUGGCCCUCCAUUACGCAUGAUUCCAAAUGCAAUGAUUCGUUUUAAGGAAAA